AUUUACUCCUUACAUCUGAUGCUUUCUAUUUCCAACCUCUCUGAAUCUAAAUUAAUAAGUCUCAAAAUGUGUGAUCCUUGCUGCGCACCGUGCUGCUCACCAUGCGGACCUUGUGGACCUUGUGGACCUUGUUCCCCUUGCGGACCUUGCAGUCCCUGUGAUCCAUGCUGUGCACCUUUUGAGCCUAAAGCCUGUCGUAGUCGCGAAUUGCGUUGUGGCAUUAUGUAUACGACAUGCGAUUGUAUUAAACGUAACGGUCUGCAAGAUAAAUGCCCACGUUCGCUGUGCCAAGGUCGUUCAGCUUGUAUGUGUUUCCCAACACCUAAUUGUUGCCCUAGUUCGUUCCCUCUACGCUAUGCCAAUAUGACUAUGGGUGUGAUUAAGAAGAAAAAUAAAAAUAAUCGUCGUGCAGGAGGAGGCAAUGGCAAUGGUAAUGGUAACGGCAGUUGUUGCAGUAACGGCAAUUGUUGUAGCAGCAACGGCUGUGGUUGCACAUGCAACCCAUGCAGCGAUCCAGCUUACUGUGGAUUAUCCAAUCCGCAAUGUGGAGCCCCAUCACCAAUACCAUGCUCACCAACACCAAGAUGUUGCCCACCCUUACCUGAAGGUGGCAUACCAGAUCCACGAGUAUGGAAUAGCUGCAAUACGCCGCAAGUUUAUCCCUGUGGCUUUUAAUAGUGGACGAGCAUUUUCUAUCGCCGCUGGUUGUGCCUGGCCGGCUAACGGAAACGAAACUAAUUAUUGAUGAUCAAAAACCCUGAAAAUUGCAGC